AUGAAGUUUGCUUCUCAAUCGGUAACAACUGCAAAAUUGGCUUCUAGACAAACAUUAAAAAAAAAACCAAAACUGGAACAGCUAGAUAGUGUAUUGUUCAAAUGGUUUAGUGCAGUACGUUCUGAAGGAAAGCCGGUAACAGGGCCAAUGAUUGUUGAAAAGGCAAAGAAAUUCGGCCAAGAUUUAGGAGUUGCUGAAAGUGAAUCAAACCAAAACUCUGCAGAAAAAUACAAAGACGAGUUUGAGAAAAUCGUGGCUGAUAAUGAUUUAACACCUGAACAGAUUUACAAUGCUGAUGAAACAGGGCUAUUGUGGCGAUGUUUACCAACAUCUACACUAGCUGGGGGAGGAGAAAAUGCCGCCAAGGGUUUUAAAAAAAACAAAGACAGAUUAACCGUUUUGCUAUGUGCUAAUGCGUCUGGAAACCACCGAGUGACCCCUUUUGUGAUAGACUGGUUUUUUCACCACUUUGUGCCUGAGGUCAAGGAAUCCUUCAAAAGCCUUGGUCUACCAGAAGAUACUAAAGCCAUCCUUCUUUUGGACAACUGCAAAGCCCAUCUGCCAGUAGAUGAAAGGUCUUUUAUUCAAGGCCUGUUAAAUGCCGACUGUGACGUGACUGAUUUUCAAAAAAAGUUUACAGUAAAAGAUGCCGUCUAUUCGCUUCAGAUGUUCAAUAUAUUUGUAAAUGAUAUUCCUGAAGCACCUAAUGUUGAUCUAGCUUUAUAUGCGGACGAUACUGCCAUCAUCUCUCAACAUCCCAACACCGCCACGGUCCCGUAUGAGCGACUUUCGAUAAAUGUUUUCAAAAAGAUUCCUUCGAUCGGAAAUCCCGUUCUCCAUUCAUUGCCUAUUUAUCAUCUAGGAAUUGCAUCAUCUAGAAGAAGGCCCACAGCCACUCUAGAAAGCGCAUAUAAUGCGUUAUCAUUUCCUAAGAGGCGUUGCUAUGGGGACGAGGCGCCUCGAAGCUAUCACUCAACUCGUUCACUGAACCCUCCCCUUCCCCCGCCUGAGAGAAUUCCUGGUCUUUCCGCUUUACUCAGGGUCACUCUCUUUGUCCCAUAA